CACAGAACAAUGCUCUAUCGAGGUUAGUUAGCAAAUCACCCCCAGCAGGAUUUCUUUCCACUGUCAACCGCGGGAGAUCUGCAACACCUUCCUAUCACCAAAUGUAGUUCGGUUCUGGGCUUCUGUUGUUUAUCUGUGCAUAUUCUCGGCAGGUGUUGGGCUGAGAAGCACUAGGGGACUCUGGAGGAAGCGACAGGCAAUGUCGAAGAUAUUCAUAAACCAUGGUUUCAAGUGCCUGAGUAUAACAACUCUCCCGAGUUUGGAGGAGCCGAGCGGGAAGGCUUCUGCUUCCAGAAAGGAUCUACCUCGGAUGAUAAUAGAGUCCAUGUGUGCUGAUGUGGAGAGUGUUUCGACAGCGAGGCUGUUGAACCAAAUUGCAAGUGUGGUUGUGUCGAAUGGGCUGUUUACAUCUGCGGAAAUGUCGAGGAGCUCGUCGUUAGGAGGGUUGAUUCCUUUGAACUCAAAGCUGUAUUCUCAUGGGUCGAAUACAAGUGGACAGCCCGAAAUAGAGACUGUUCGAAAACUUCUCGAGGUGAAGUUGAAGAUCGAUGAUGUCGAGGACAUGGAUGAAGCUGGGGUUGAGGCAGAAACUGCCGAAAAGUUGCUUGCAGGACAUUUCAGAUUCCAUCUCCCCGGCAUAAUACCGCCGCAGUUGGUGAUUUUGGUAAGAAGCCCAUCGAGACGUUCGGCAGAUGGCGGUGACAGGCCCGGGAAGAUGUUACUGUUCUUCCACGGAAACAUCAAGUUUCUUCCGAUAUUCACGAGCCACAUACAAGAGGGCUUUGACUGCACGAUCACGGACCUUGUUCCCGACAACGCGACGUUACAGUCGUGCCUUGACUGGUGUGUGGUGCACGACACGCUGAGCUCGAUAGGAAACAUAGAGUUGUGGUUCGGCAGAUUGCAGACGAAAGGGAAGCUUGGAACGAUUGUUGUGCACAUCGAAGAGAAGGACAUGCUCGAGUUCAGGGACGCGUUCCAGAUGGAGGACGGCACUGAUGGGGAGGAGCUGUCAGCGGUACUGAACGAGUACCUCGCGUCGAAGACAAGCAUCUCCUUCGACAAGCUCACACUCGUGAAGCUCAAAUGCCAGCUGUUCACGCUUUCGGUGGACGGCAAGGUGAAGUUCUCUAGCUCCAUGAGUCACCUCGGACAAAGGGCCAAGAAGGCCAAGGGCGACAACCGGUUGAGCAUCUGGUGGAUCAUCCGCCGCCUAUGCUUUGUGAAUUAGCUGUAUAAGAAACGUGUAAACUAUAGAAAAAAAAUCAUCAUUAUGCACAUGAAAAAGGA